GCAACCGAUCGGGGAGAGGAGGCGGCCCUGGCUGGCGCGGGGCAACUUGGGUAGCGUCCCUGGUUACUGUUGCUAAGACUGUGGCUAGACGGAAGCGGUGGGCGUCCCGAGUUUCGGGAGCCAGACCCUGAGAGAGGUCAGGGGUCAGUGCAGAGCCGGGAGGCGAUGGUGAAGCAGACCAUACAGAUUUUCGCGAGGGUGAAGCCCACUGUCCGGAAGCAGCAACAGGGGAUUUAUUCCAUAGAUGAAGAUGAAAAAUUAACACCUAACCUGGAAAUUAUCUUACCUCGCGAUCUGGCAGAUGGAUUUGUGAAUAAUAAGCGAGAAAGCUACAAAUUUAAAUUUCAAAAGAUUUUUGAUCAGGGAGCAAGCCAAGAGACCAUUUUUGAAAACAUUGCCAAACCAGUUGCCGAGAGUGUCUUGGCAGGUUACAAUGGUACCAUCUUUGCCUAUGGGCAGACGGGCAGUGGGAAAACAUUCACCAUCACGGGUGGAGCAGAACGCUACAGUGACAGAGGCAUCAUCCCAAGGACACUGUCAUACAUUUUUGAGCAAUUACAAAAGGACAGCAGCACAAUACAUACAACGCACAUUUCCUAUUUGGAAAUCUACAAUGAAUGUGGUUAUGAUCUAUUGGAUCCAAGACAUGAAGCCUCCAGUUUGGAAGAUUUGCCGAAAGUGACAAUACUGGAGGAUCCUGAUCAGAACAUUCACCUGAAAAACCUGUCUCUCCAUCAGGCAGCCACAGAAGAAGAAGCUCUGAAUCUACUUUUCUUAGGAGACACCAACAGAAUGAUUGCAGAGACUCCGAUGAACCAGGCUUCAACUCGUUCCCACUGCAUUUUCACUAUUCACUUAUCAAGCAAAGAACCAGGAUCUGCGACUGUCCGGCAUGCCAAACUUCACUUAGUUGACCUGGCUGGUUCAGAACGAGUUGCAAAGACUGGAGUAGGGGGCCAACUUCUAACAGAGGCCAAGUAUAUCAACUUGUCCCUACACUACUUAGAACAGGUGAUCAUUGCUCUUUCCGAAAAACACCGUGCACACAUUCCCUACAGGAACUCCAUGAUGACCAGUGUCCUAAGAGACAGUUUGGGAGGGAACUGCAUGACGACCAUGAUUGCAACACUGUCUUUAGAGAAAAGGAAUAUUGACGAGUCUAUAUCGACCUGCAGAUUUGCACAACGAGUGGCACUCAUAAAGAAUGAAGCCGUUCUUAAUGAAGAAAUCGAUCCCAGAUUAAUGAUUAUACGCCUUCAAAAAGAAAUCCAAGAACUGAAGGAUGAACUGGCCAUUUUCACUGGGGAGCAGAGGACAGAGGCACUCUCAGACGCAGAGCUCCUUCAGCUGGAAAAACUAAUAACAUCCUUUUUGGACGACCAAGAUCCAGAGAGUAGACUAGAGGUUGGCACUGAUAUGCGUAAAAUUCAUCACUGUUUCCACCAUUUAAAGAAACUAUUGAAUGACAAGAAGAUCCAUGGAAAAAGCACAGUCUCCUGUGAAAUCAAAGAUCAAGACUGCCAAGAACCAUUAAAAGAGGAAGAAUACAAAAAGCUCCGAGACAUUCUACAGCAGAGGGAUAAUGAAAUCAAUAUUCUAGUCAAUAUGCUAAAGAAGGAAAAGAAGAAAGCUCAAGAUGCUCUCCACUUAUCCAGCAUGGAUAGAAGUGAAUGUAGACACUCACAGAGCUUGCCCUUCCCCCCUGGGAACCCAGAAGGUCUGAGGACGUUGCCAUCCUCAGCUCCCAAACAGAUCCAGGAUGUCAGCACUUUUGGGUACAGAUCCAGUUUGCUCCACAGAAAAACAGGGAUGAGAGAAGAAAUGUCAUUAGGACGACAAGAGGCUUUUGAAAUCUUCAAGAGGGACCACGCUGACAGCGUCACCAUCGAAGACAACAAACAGAUCUUGAAGCAGAGAUUUUCUGAAGCAAAGGCCCUAGGAGAAAGUAUAAAUGAAACAAGGAGCAAAAUUGGUCGCCUGAAGGAAGAAAUCACCCAGAGGCAUAUGCAGCAAGUAGCUCUAGGCGUCUCAGAAAACAUAGCCAUGCCUUCGAUGCCAGACUUGCUGGAAGAGAAGCUUCGAUCACAACUGGAGGAAGAAAAGAGAAGGUAUAAAACCAUGUUCACACACCUGAAGGCCCUGAAGGUGGAGAUCGAGCACCUGCAGCUGCUCAUGGACAAGGCCAAGAUGAAGCUGCAGAAAGAGUUUGAAGCCUGGUGGACAGAGGAAGCCACCAGCCUGCAGGUAAAUUCUCCAGCAGUGAAUUCACUCAGUCACGUGAAGCCCUUUCCCCAAACGCCUGAGUUCCAGCAGGAAACAUCUCAGCCUCUCUUUAACAAAAGCAAUGUGAAUGCCAGGAAAAUCUUGCCCUCGCCUUCCCCCAUCCCACACAGCCAGGAACACAACAGCACCAGCGCCUCCCUGGAAAGCAGUGUCCCUGAGAGACCAGCAUCAUCCGUCCCUCUCACCGGGGACAGCCAGACGGACUCUGACAUCCUGGCAUUCAUCAAGGCCAGACAGAGCAUUCUGCAGAAGAAAUGUUUCCAGUAGAUGUCCAGCCGUGCACUGUGGCAGCAAGAAGGGAGUCCAGGGAUCUGCCUUGAGAAGAACAUGCCGGGGAUAGGAGCUGCCCCUUCAGCCUACAUCCCAGAACAUACAGAGAGCAGAUCUGAGCCCAGCCUACAGCUUGGGGCCGGGCCCAGCAGACCUGAAGCCUGGAGCAGAGCUUCCCCUUCAAGUCCAGGCCAGAUCAGCUGAACCGUGGCUGACCCAAAGACCCAAUAUCAUAAGAAGAAAUGCUUGGUGACAUAAGCCACUGAGACUUGGGGUGAUUUGUUAUGGAGCAUUGAUGGUAGCAAUAGCUAACAGACACAGAUACUGAAAUCCAGAGACAGAGUCCAGUCUCUGUGGUCGACUUCCAGCCCUUACAGUUCUCAUAAUAUAUGACUAGAUGUGGAAUUUCUCAGAGUUCACUCUGCUUCCAUGCUGCCUACGGAAUGCCCUUGAGAGUUAGCUGUGUAUGAAAAAGUAGGACACUUCUUAUGGCCAUGAUAGAGCCAUAGAUAGACCUGAUUUACCCUCCUGCUUUCAUUAACUGAAAACUAGACAAAACGUAUAAGGCAAUGGCUUUCAGAUGCUGGAAAAAGGCACUAGAGGACACUGACCCGCCAGAGAAGGGAAACAAUGAGGUGAGCCCUACCAUUGCUACAACUUACCGCGUGCAGGGCUUAGGCCCCAGUUCAGGGAAAGGCCACCAGGGGGCGCCAAGUGGUUUCCUGAGUUGAACAAGGAGAGGGUUGGUGGCCCAGGAGGCCAAGGUGGCCUCCAGGGGCAAGGCCAAGUACCAGAGAUGCGAGCGCUGCAGACUGAGAGCAGACACUCCAAAGAUCUCCAGAGGGUACUGUCAAAGCUUCGGCUCACGGCUGAGCAGCGCAAGCUGCUCAGGGAGGAAAUCGCUCAGGGCCAGGGAAAGAACCACCAGAAAGGAGCAAGCAAAACAAUUUCCAGAAAUAACACAGGUUUAGGAAUAGUUCAUACUCCCAACAGCCACAAUGUUGAGAAACCUUCUCACAAAAGAGUCAUUGAACAGAAAUCCCGUAAGGUAUUGCCUUGGACGUGAGGCCAAAUUAGCCAUUGAUCAAAGCUAUUCUGGUCCUACCUGACAACAUGUUAAAAAAAAAAUAAAAAAGUAAGCCUCAAGAGAGUCAAACUGUUUUCAGUGAGUUUCUAAACAAAGGUCAAAAACAUUUAAAGGGUGGGCCCCUGUGGCACAGUCAGUUAAGUGUCUGACUCUUGGUUUCGGCUCUCACGAGCUCAGAAUCGUGAGACCAAGCCCCAUGUCAGGCUCCACGUUCAUCAAGGAAUCUGCUACCAAGAAUGACUGAGUUCCAAUGACUCAGAGCAUGAGGACAGAGAAAGUGCCAGCCCUCUUCAGCUUAUAUUCUAACUAGGGAGAUGGACAACAAACAAAUAAGGGAAUCUGAGCUCAGAAGGAGUUGGGUGGGAUAGGAUGGGCCUGGGCUCACUGUCAAGGGGGGUAAGAGGCAGGGUUAGGGCUAGAAUGGCAGGUUGGGUUUGAUGAUGUGAAGAGGGCUGGGGCUGAGCAGUCGAUUAGAAAUGAGGAGCAUGGCAAAUAAGGGGACUUGGGAGAUUUGAGCCAUCAAAGAAUAUGGAGGGAGAGUAUUUCAUGAUGUGUGUCCAAGGGUCUACUGGGGCAACAAGGCACAGGAGAUGUGGAAAAGUUGGCUGUGAAAUGUUAGAAGUUGAAAAUAUCCAUGUAAAAUGUGGGAGGAGAAAAAGCAUUUCCUUUGACAUGGGUUCCAUCUCCUGUGUGGAAAGUAGCCAGUGGUUAUGGGCCUGGAUGCUGCUGUAAGGGCAAGGGAGGAAGUGGCAAACUUUUUUAGGGUUAGCUGCUCUAUUCGGGUUUCCAUUGCCAAGUGCCAGCAAGCAAGGCUGAGCCCAUUGUAUGCACAUUGGGGGAAACUCAGAGCAACCAGCAAGCAGGAAGCUGAUGAGGGAUCCCUCCCUCUUACUUCACUCAACUCCUAGUCUUGAGAAGGCAGCUCUUCCCCAGACCAGCCUCAUCCCCCUGCACUCCCUGUCCCAGGUGUGAGAUACUAUUCUCAUCUCUCCUCUGAAAUAUCUUUUGGGUUUGCCUUUCCCAUGACUUUCCUUAAAGCCAGGCCAGAAGAUGCCCUCAACCAUGCCUCAGAGCACCCAACACUUUGAAGGGCCUUGUCAGAAAGCUUCUAAAUCUCCCUCUAGUGCUGGGACCUGCUAUGGCCAACAGCAUCACUGACCAUUCUCAUGUGGACCUCAUUC